GAUGGAGCUGCUACUGCGAAGAAUAAAAAAACACUCCUAGCAAGCCAGCUAGACGAGUUGUGAAAAAAAGUUAUGUCUGGCUGUCAAGUGGAUAGAGACAGACUAUUUCUAAAAAUGGACGUUAUUCCUCGGUUUUCCGUACAUGAAAAGUAGAAAAUCUCCCCAUGUCCACAGAGCCGGCACUGGUGACGACUCAACUGCGAAGGGUUGGAUUGCUGAAGCUAAAAAGUCCCGGUAGCUAGCGUUAGCAAGCAGGCCAGCCAGCUAACUAAGUUACUAGCUGACGUUAGCUAGUAAUGUCUCUGACGUUACCAUCCGCCGACAUGCUUGAAACACCACCUGGGUAUCCAUUUGAAGAAAUUAACUAUGAGGAUAUUGAAGUUGAGGAGGUGGUGGGGAGAGGAGCUUUUGGGGUUGUUUGCAAAGCCAAAUGGAAAGGCAAAGAUGUUGCAAUCAAGACCAUUGAGAGCGAAUCAGAGAGGAAAGCCUUUAUUGUUGAGCUCCGACAGCUUUCACGUGUGAAUCACCCUAAUAUUGUGAAGCUGUAUGGCUCGUGCAAUAGUCCUGUCUGCCUUGUGAUGGAAUAUGCUGAAGGCGGAUCAUUGUACAAUGUGCUGCAUGGUGCUGAACCCCUCCCCUAUUACACUGCUUCCCAUGCCAUGAGCUGGUGUUUACAGUGUUCCCAGGGCGUGGCCUAUCUCCAUGGCAUGAAACCAAAGGCUCUCAUUCACAGGGACCUCAAGCCACCCAAUCUGCUUCUAGUGGCUGGAGGCACCGUGCUGAAGAUAUGUGACUUUGGAACAGCAUGUGACAUUCAGACCCACAUGACCAACAACAAAGGAAGUGCAGCAUGGAUGGCCCCAGAAGUAUUUGAAGGCAGCAAUUACAGCGAGAAGUGUGAUGUGUUCAGCUGGGGGAUCAUUCUCUGGGAGGUGAUCACUCGCAGGAAGCCCUUUGAUGAAAUUGGAGGACCGGCUUUUCGCAUUAUGUGGGCUGUGCACAACGGCACAAGACCGCCUUUAAUCAAGAAUUUGCCCAAGCCCAUUGAGAGUCUGAUGACUCGCUGCUGGUCUAAAGACCCCUCUCAGAGGCCUUCCAUGGAGGAGAUAGUGAAGAUCAUGACUCAUCUAAUGAAGUACUUCCCAGGAUUUGAUGAACCCCUGCAAUAUCCGUACCAGUAUUCAGACGACGGACAGAGCAACUCUGCCACCAGUACAGGUUCAUAUGUGGACUACACCAGCACAAGCAACAAAAGUGACGCGAACAUGGAGCACAGCGAUUCUCAAGGGAGCAACGACACUAUCAAGAUUACGCCUCAGUUUCCACCUCACUUCAAGCCAAAGGGAGACCCAUUGAGGACUCUGCCUCUGUCCAGAGGUGGCAGCGUUGAGAGUCUGCCAGCACGAACACAGUGCCUGGCAUCCUCUGACAGCAAAAGAAUGAGCGCUGAUCUUUCAGAGCUGGAACCCAAGAUGCCAUUUGCACCUUCAGCGCAACCCCAGUAUAAGCGAGGGCACCGUAAAACUGCAUCAUUCGGAACCAUUCUGGAUGUCCCCAAGAUCGUCGUCACAGCCACAUGCGAGCCUCAGAGACGUCGGUCCGUGCAGGAUCUGCCAGGCAUCGGCACAGAGUCCAGCCAGGGGAGCAGGAACAGCAGCCGGUCCUCCAGUCCCAGUGUGAGGAUGAUGCCACCUGAUAAGACCAGCAGCAGCAGAGGCUACUUCUCACCUGAUGACCUCACAGACACCAACGGCUCAGACAACUCCAUUCCCAUGGCUUAUCUCACCCUGGAUCACCAGCUGCAGCCGCUCGCUCCUUGUCCCAACUCCAAAGAGUCCAUGGCUGUGUUUGAGCAGCACUGCAAGAUGGCUCAAGAAUACCUGAAAGUACAAACAGAAAUCGCCCUGCUGAUCCAGAGGAAGAACGAGCUCAUCGCUGAGCUGGACCAAGACGAGAAGGACCAGCAGAACACGUCCCGUCUGGUGCAGGAGCACAAAAAGCUGCUGGAGGAGAACAAGAGUCUGUCCACAUACUACCAGAAGUGCAAAAAACAGCUGGAGCUGAUCCGAGUGCAGCAACAGAAGAGACAGGGCACAUCGUGAUGAGACAGAGACAUAUGAACUGCUACCACCACCACCCCCUCCUCCUCCUCCUUCUCCUC